GAAGAGUAAUGCUUGAAGUUAGGUUAUGUUGGAUUAUAUCACGGUUGCAAUCCGCCGCACGUGAGAAGCACAGGAGAAUCCAUUCAAGUGAUUUGCUGGAGUAAUAGAUCAGAUAGCUUGAAAUGGGGCCCAAGAAAAAAAUGAAAAAAGACUUCAAGGAGUUUGAAACCUUCGAAGAAGACGACAUAACAAACAGUGAAGACGAUUAUUCCGAGGGUGAGCUUGAGCUUCUCGAGAAAGUCCGUAAGAAGCGAGUGCAGGAGAAUUUCGACAGUGACGAUGAGGUGUUUGGCCUGCAGAACGACGAGGAGCACGACUCCAUGGAGUCUGACCUCGACAAACCUCAGGAGGACGAUGACAUACCCGACGAGAGGGCCUGGGGCAAGAAGAAGCGCACCUACUACAUGACUGACUACGUCGACCAAGACUAUGCUGGGACGAAUGAGAAGGAUAUGGCAGAAGCCGAGCUGGAGGAGAAAGAGGCCAGGAACAUCCAGCAGAGGCUAGCCCAGCAGCUGGAUGAUGCUGACUUUGGGCUCGAAGGGAUGGAGGUGCCUGCGACUGGGGAAAAGGCCGAGGAGGAAGAGAUGGUUAAAACUGAUUUGACUAAAUUAAGCAGAAGGGAGAAACUGGAACUUGUCAAGAAGGAGAGUCCAGAGUUCGAGGCUCUAGUCGAUGAUUUUAAAGAACGAAUGAUCGAAGCCAAGGACAUUCUCGCCCCCUUCCUAAAGCUGGUGGAGGAAGAAAGCCUCCCCGAUAGCCCCGCAGUCGCCUUCAUAAAGACAAAGUACUACUUGAUCCUGAAUUACUGCGUGAAUAUCAACUUCUACCUCAUGUUGAAGGCAAGAAAAAUCUCAAUAGCGGACCAUCCAGUGAUCAAGCGGCUGGCGCAGUACCGCCAGCUGAUGACCCAGCUGGAGGAGAGCCAGGGGAAACUGCUGGAGGAAGCGGCAGAGAUCCUCGAGGCGAAGAGUAAGGGCCAGGUCCUCUACAAUGUCUUCAAUAAUUCUCAGAUAGUCCAGCAGAAGGCUGGGAAACCCAAGGACAAACGCCGAGUCUCACACCCUGAAGACGUUGGAUCCGAAGAGGCGAUGGAGGACGGUGAGGAGGAUGAAGCCGUGGAAGACGAGGAGGAAGAGCCUGAAGGGGAUGCAGUUCAGGAUACUGGGGAUGGAACUGGUCUGGAUGAUGAGAAACGCCCGAUUAAUUAUCAAAUCGCGAAGAACAAGGGACUGACGCCCCACAGGAAGAAGGAGCAGAGGAAUCCCAGGGUCAAGCACAGGAACAAGUACCGCAAGGCGAAGAUACGAAGAAAGGGAGCUGUGCGAGAAGUCAGGAAAGAACUGACUCGUUACGCUGGAGAGAUGUCGGGUAUCAAGGCGAGCGUCAAGAAGAGCAUAAAAUUAAAAUAAACGCAAUCUUAUUUAUAAUUUUAUUUCACAAAAUGUCAAUUAAAUCGGAAUUCUCAAUGAAUGUAUCACUCAUUCAUUACGGAAUAAAGUUUUUAUUAUUUAGAAA